CACGACACGCACCUCAUUGUAAUGUGACGCGGCGGUGACGUCGCGGAGGGGGAAGUUGUUGUUUUUGCUCGUCUAUUGUAGCAGUGGAUCAGUAACCGGUGAAACCAGAGUCUCUGGUCCCGGAAUAAACACAAUAAUGUGCCAAUGAGUCUCUCGUGUAGUUGAGGCUGUAGUCGAUGAAGGAAUGGAGGUGCUGGACAGUCCUCUCAAUCUCGCCCAUCAACAAUGCAGGAAAGCAGACCGCUUGCUGGCUGCUGGGAAGUUUGAAGAUGCCAUCUCCUGCCACAGGAAAGCUGCAGAACUUCUCAAGGAGGCCAUGAAGCUCACUGAGUGUGAACAGGCUCGGUUGUCCCUGGAGCUUCAGAGGGAAAGUCACAUCAAGCAGCAGAGGCUGAUCGAGGAGCGAUGGAAGCGAGCUAAGCGAGAGACAAGCCCAGAACGCUCCAGCACGCCCCCGCCUCAGACCAGACGCCACGCCGCUAUACAGCCUGCCGGAACGGCCGCAGACAUCUCCCAACCCUCCGAACGCGAGUACGACACCUGGCUGUACCUCCUGAAGAACAAAGGCACCGUCCCAGAGCCCUGCACAGGCAGUAAGGCCCAGAAAGACGACAAAACCCGGCUGGAAGAGCAGCAGACCACCAUCGAUGACCUGCGCAAACUCGUGGACCGCCUGGUGUCUGAUAACGAGCGGCUGAAACAGGAGAACGAGCGGUUGCGGGCGGAGAACGUGCGGCUGAAGAAGGAGCACUACGCCGACGCUGACUUCGUGGAGAAGUCGGAGCUAUGGGUGCUUCCACAGCCGGCCGAGGAGCGCAAGGCGAAGGACAUUCCCAUCCCACAGCUCCCUCCGCUGGAGAUGCCCACUCAGGAGAUCCCUCUGGAAGACCUGCCCGGUCUGGAACUUCCUGAGGACAUCCAGCAGGAACUGCAGGAGCUGCUGGACGGCGAGAAGCUGUGACCGCUCGCGCUCAAAACACGCACCAAAGGGAGACUUCGAUCGCCAUCGAGUGCCAGCGAACGCGCGGCGCUUCGGUGGCGUAAAUGAUGGUUCACGCAGCCGUCAGUAGGUUUGGUUCACAACUUUUCUCAGUGGCGCCCGUAGCGAUUGGCUAUACGAAGAAAGAAAACAACUCUUUUUGAAGUACGUGUGCCUUUUUGAACAUUUCUAACGCGUUUUUUUGUUACGACGUACGAGUGAGAAGGGAUAUUGGAGACAAACAGAUUCUGUCGGACAUUGUUAUCAGACUUUUUAUCAGCAAAAUCCCACUUUGAAUUGAACUAUUUCCUACACAGACACUGUGAACUACAUCCAUAAUGUGUGUGUGUGUGUGUGUGUGUGUGUGUGUGAGGGUUUUGUGCAGUACCUGUCGAUUAGCACAUCGAUGUUGGUGUUCAUGCAGUUUCAGUCUAUCAACAGCGCAGAUUUAGGGCAUAGAGGAAGCCAAGAGGCAUCAAUGCAAUUAGUUAUGCAUUCUGUUUCCGCACACAGAUAACCAGCUUGCAGCACUUGUUUUGCCUUAUUGCAGAAGUCCUGUAGACUAGUACGAAGUCAUGAUGUCAUCUCUGCCAGAUCGCCACCCUGGACGAUUUGUAGCAACACCGAAAACAGCCGUGCUAAUAACCUUGGAUUAUUUCUAUAGAGUAAGGGACUUUUGGGACUGAAACUAUUGCAUUCAGAACUAUAAGCAAUAAUCAUGUCGAGUGCUACAGUAUCACUUCUUUGUUUGUCAUCUCUACUAUUUCCUGCUCAGCUGUGUCAUUCUUCAGACCCAAUGCCAACAGCAUAGGAAUGGCGUUGUCCACAUCAGGACCUGUGUGAACUCUGGAUGAACUGAGGAUGUUGUCUUUAGUUCUUUUGAAGCUUCAUUUUGUAUUGUACUCAUCAAUCAAGGAUCGUCUGGAUCACGAUGCUAAUAUUUUCAGGUAACUGAUUGCACAAUCAUACAUUGUCUAACAAUAAACCAGGUUCACUCCUCACACUAAUCAAAAGCGUACCAACAUGUGCCAGACGCGCCUGGGAAGAGAUGAAUUUAUGGCUCGUAUUUGUGUCAUGAAGAGGGAACCAAAUCCACAUUUUGCUCUUUUUAUUAUUAUUAUUAUUAUUAUUAUUAUUUUUUUAAAUUCAAUGUUUAAUUACUGGUUUACCACAGUAAUCAGGGUGCAUCAGAUUGUUUUGUUAUUUUGCAUUUUGUUUUAUGAUGUAAAAAUCAAUGAAAAUCAUAUGACGAAAGUGUUUUGAUGCAUGAAUGGCUGUUUUACAGUAGCUGUACGUACAUGAUUAAGAUAUUGAAAACAAGAAUUUAUGUAUAAUUCUUUUGUGAGUUUACUUGUUCUGACAAGCAUUAAAGAUUUUAACAAGUGGAAGCAUAAA